AAGAACCAUGUUUGUUUAAUAGUAUUAUCUGUUUAGGAGAGUCUUUAGAGUUUAGACAUCACCGCCGGGACAGAGUAAGAAAGGGGUCGGAGGACUCGAAUGUUGUGCGGGCAUGGCCACCCCUGCGCACGUUAGCAUCAAGCCUUUCUUCGAUUCCUUAUGCUUCUCUCAUUCUCUCACAACCGCAAAAAAAGCUAAUAAAUCGAAUUUGGCGCUAACGAGAACGAGGUGCGCAUUGUACUCAGCGUCACCACCACCACCACCACCAAAAUGGCGGGAAAGCAGGCGAUUGGUCAACGUGUCCCUCGUCCUCUCAGUCUCACACUUCCUCUUUAUCCCCAGCUAUGCUAUGGCUGGUGGCUUUUUCGAUAAAUAUGUGAAAAGGAAAAAACUUGAUCCAUUGGAAGUUUAUAUACCGGCUGUCAUAUUGACGCAGUUACAGAUCAAGGACUUAGAGAAAUCUUUAGAAGCUGAUCAACCCCAAUAUGGUAGCUGCCGAUCUUUGCUACGUUCUGGCCCUGCAGGAUCCCUUCGUGUAAAUAUUAGAGCGGUGGCACAAUAUGCUUCAGACAAUGGCAAUGGUAAAACUGCUUCCAAUAAUGUUGAUCAAUGUCUCAGAGCCUUGGAGGAUCUUGAUUCCUUACUUCUAAAUGCUUCAAGAAAUGAUCCAGGAGCCUCAGUUGAAUCAAUGAAAGGAAAGAUCAAUAUUGCCCUUAAUGCUCUAGACAGCCUGCUUCAAACUGUUCCUUCUGAUGUGCUAGAGAAAGGGAAGGCUGUGGCUGAUUCCUAUAUGAUUACAGAAGAUGUGGAACCUGAAAUUUUGGACCCAGAAAUGCAGAAGUUGGAAUCAAUUUUAUGAAUUAAUGUACCACGAAUCUCACCCAGUACCUGAUGUAGCCUCUUAUUGUUAUAUGAUCAAUCUUAAACAUUCUCCAAGUAAUAUAUUGCAGGCAUCUCACAACACACUAAAGUGGUUAACUAUGAGUCUAUGAGUAGUGGACACCUUUUGUCCACUUUUUACAUGGAUCCAUCACUUGUUUUCUACUACUCACAAUCAACAUUUUCAACAAGUUGUAAAAUUGGAUGUGUUCGUGGUAUUGUUGAUUGGUAUACCCCAUAUUGAAUCA